AUCCGCCGGCCGCUGGGAUGCGCCUGAGCUCGUCGGAGUAGAGGCUCGGCUCCUCGCCGCUGGGACGCGCUCGCAUAUCCUCGCCUGCCACCGGCUCCUCCACCCUCUGCUGCUACUGUCCCCGCCCAUCUGCAGGCAGGUCGUCCCUGCUGUUGGAGCAGGAUAAGACGCCGGUCACCGGAACGCAGGUGACACAGGUGCGGAAACUUCUGGCUUGAUGGAGGCAGAGCCCUGUUCAGAGCUUGCUGGUGGCGAUAUGAGGAAAGACAAUGUAAAGAAAGACAAGAAGAAAAAGAAAGAGGGGAAGAGGAAAGAAGCUGAGACGAAAGGGCAGGAGCAGACAUCUGACGCUGCUGUUGAAGAUUUGGCAGCAGAGAGCUACGAGGUUGAGGGGAAACAAUCUAGCAAGUCGAAGAAGAGCAAACACAAGCGUAGCGAUGCUGGCGAGGAUUCCGCUGGUGAUCGAGUUGUGCCAGAAGAAGCUAAGAAGAGAAAGAAGGACCAUCCAGUUGUGCGGGAAGAGAGCAGCCGGAAGCGGACACUUGAUCGUACUGUUGAAAAUUCAGUGGUCGAAAGAGAUGGGGUUGAGGGAAAGAAAUCUAGCAAGUCAAAGAAGAGCAAACACAAGGAUACUGAUGCUGGUGAUGCUUCUGCUGCCGAUCAAGUUGUGGUAAAAGAAGAUAAAAGAGAGAAGAAGCAUCCAGUUGUGCUGGAAGAGAGCAGUCAGAAGGAGACACUUGAUACUACUGCUGAAAAUUCAGUGGAAGAAAGAGAUGGGGUUGAGGGGAAGCAAUGUAGCAAGUCAAAGAAGAGCAAACACAAGGAUAAUAAUACUGCUGCCGAUCAAGUUGUGGCAAAUGAAGAUAAGAAGAGAAAGAAGAAGCAUCCAGUUGUGCUGGAAAAGAGCAGCCAAACCAAAAAUACUAGCAAAGAUGAGAAUGGAGAGAUCAAGGAGAGAGGAAAGGAAGGCGAUAAAUCCAGUCCAGAACUUAGUGAGAAUGUAUCUGCUGGGAGAGCGGAGGCUGAAGUAGAUGGUAAGAAUGAUAGGAAGAAAAAGAAGAGCAAGGAUGGAACGCGAGAUGGAAUAAAGGAGAAAGUAAAGGCAGCUCAGUCAAAGAACAAGGGCAAGCGGGUGAGCUUUGCUGAUACCACGGAAGUGUUCAGAACUGAAGCUGGUGAUGGUGAGGGGAACGAAGGAGGAAAAAAGAAAAAGAAAAAGGCAGCUCAGUUAAAGAACAAGGGUAAGCGUGUGAGCUUUGCUGAUUCUGAGGAGGUGUUUGGCAUCGGAGGUGGCGACAAUGGAGAAGGUGGGAGCAGUGAUGAAUCUAAAUUUGUGCAUGGACAGAGGUUUAGCCCAGAGGAAAACGCCACCCUCAUGGAAGCUAUAAGGGAUUUUAUAGAGAUGAAGCAAUUGGGAGAGAAAGGCUUUGAGAUGAUUCAGUCUUCUCGUAAACACAAAGAGCUCAGGGGUUGUUGGUAUGUUAUAGGGAAAUGUUUACCCCAUAGACCUCACCAAGCCAUAUACAGCCGGGCACGUGUAUUACUCAGUAGGAGUGAUCAACGUAAAUGGACACAAGAAGAAAAAGAGCAUAUUCGGCGGUUUGUCCAAAAUAAUGGCACAGAGUGGAAGACAUUGGCACGUGAACUUGGGAAGUGUGAUAUCCAUGUAAAAGAUACUUGGAGAAGAAUAAAAUCUGAGAACUUGAAAAAAGGACAUUGGACACAGGAUGAGCAUCAAAAGCUAUUCGAUAUGGUGAACCUUGACUUGCGUAUAAAAGCUCAUCAAAUAAAAGAUCCCGAUAAUCGGAAGCUUAGGGAUAACAUUUCCUGGGAGGAAAUCAGUGAUAAAUUAACCACCCGUAAUCACAAGAAUUGCUGCAUGAAGUGGUACAAUACAUUAGCAUCUCCGAUGGUUAGGAAAGGAAUCUGGGCAGAUGUUGAUGAUUAUCUAAUGGUGGAAGCGCUCCAGAAGGAUGAUGCUGUUUGCGUCGAAGAUGUCGAUUGGGACAGCCUUCUCGAUCACAGAUCUGGUGAAGUCUGCCGCCAAAGAUGGAACCAGAUAGUCCGUGGCAUUGGCGGCCACAGGGAGAAGCCUUUCAUCGAGCAGGUUGAGGUGUUGUCCAGGCGCUACUGCCCGGAGAUGAUCGAGUACAGGCAACCGCGGGAAUGAUCGCCCACCCUGUCAAAGCUGUAUGCCCCUUGACAAAGGGGCGUGAUCUGUCUGAUAUCCUGCAUGUUAGCGAGCAUGUGUUGUCGCCUGAAAAAUGUGGGAUUUAUGA